AUGUUCAGUACACUCGUUUACACUCUCCUGAUUCCCGCUUUGGCCGCGCAAGCCCAAGUGGCGACACCGAAUCUCGUUGGAACAUGGACUUCGCAAAGCAGAGCGGUGUCCACCGGCCCUGGCUUCGCGAAUCCCGCCAAUAUGACUUUUGAAUACCCAAAGAACACUGGUGUCUCGUUCUCCUUCUCUGACGACAACCACUACGAAAUUGCACGAUAUAGAUUCAAAUCAAACGGCUCGGAACCCAAUUGCAUCACUGGGAUCAUGCAAUGGGUGCAUGGCACGUACGAGCUGCCGGCGAAUGGUUCAAUUGUCAUGACGCCUUUCGGGGACGGUUACCAACAAAUCCAGGACCCAUGCGCAGCGCAAUCGAACUUCAUCGAAAUCUACAACUUCACCGAGAUCUACAGCCAAUAUCGACAAUUCCAAGACGCUACGCAAGGCCUGAAACUGCACCUGUUCGAGUUCGACGGCACACCUGUGGCUCCGUUGUUCCUUCUUUCGCAGACCCCAACGAUGCUUCCUACCCGCCUACUGCGGAACGUCACUACAGGAAGUCCCGUGAUAGAGAGACGGUCAAACGGUGCUCUGCAGGGCGCUGGGUCGGACAUCCGUACGAUCGGAGGUGUUGUUGGGGCCGCUGCUCUAAGCACGGUUGCCUCCUUGUUCCUGUAA